AUCAACACAGCUAAUUCAGGAGCUGAAGGGUUUGUCUUGCUGGGACUCGUUGUCUGUAAAUAAAUCGUGCCGAACACACACGCUGCUUGGACGUACAUUCAGAGAUUGAUGAAUUCAGCUGAUUAUAACCAAGGCCAUGGAUGAAGAAUUUACUCCAUUAGAUUGCCUUCUGCCUUCAGGAAAACAAAAGAUAUGCUUGAUUAUCCUAAAUCAGCCAUUGGAUGAGAAGUACUUCCAUGUGCUGUGGAGUAAAGCCAAAAUCCGGGCAUGUGCCGAUGGAGGGGCCAAUCACCUUUACGAGCUCAUGGAGGGACAUCGUGAGAGUUUUCUCCCAGACUACAUAAGUGGAGAUUUUGAUUCGAUCCGACCAGAGGUCAAGGAUUUCUACCGAGAAAUGCUGAUUGAAACACCUGACCAGGACCUAACAGACUUCUCAAAGUGUUUGGCCAUUAUGCUGCAGAAGAUCAAAGAACAGAAAUUGCAGGUGGACACAAUAGUUACCCUGGGUGGUCUUUUAGGCCGUUUCGAUCAGAUCAUGGCCUCCGUGGAGACUUUAUUUCAUGCCCAGAAGAUGACCAAUCUGCCCGUGGUUGUCAUACAGGGCAGUUCUCUGGCCUUCCUCCUCCAAGAGAACAAACGGCAUCGGCUAAAUGUGAACACUGGUUUGGAGGGUAAAUGGUGUAGUCUCAUUCCGGUGGGCUGCCCUUGUCUCACCACCACUUCUGGGCUCAAAUGGAACUUGGGGACGGUUCAUUGA